UAUUAUAUUAUUUAUAUUCUGCAAUUUGUGAUAACCGAUAAACUAUUUCAAAAAAAUAUUAUAAUGAUUAAAUGAUAUGUACGAAUCUACGAUCUAUCUGUCCCGUCCUAUGACUCCUAUGACUUUAGACUUAUGAGUUAUAAGUAAUUUAAUUUUUGAACAGUAUAAUAUUUUGUAUAAUAAUAAAAACACUUUUGUUAAAUCCGUUUGUUAGUUAGUUAGUGAAUUAAUUAACUAUUUUAACUUCUAAAUCUCUGGUAUGGGUUGUAUAUUUAAAUUCUUAAGUCUAAUUAUUUUGUAAAACAAGAAUAUUUUAUAAAAUAGUUGUAAAAUUGAUUUCUAAUGGCUGAAAAAGCAGCUCAUCAUACUACAACUAUUGUAAGUCGUCCUUCAAUUUUUGAAGUAAUUGCACAAGAAAAUCUAUCUUCAACAAUUUAUCCAGCAUUAAAAAAGAUUUUUUAUUAUAUUACUCUUAAAAAUCCUGAACAAUUAAAAUGGUUAAAUCAAUACUUUGAUGAAAUAUUUCUUACACUUAAUACUGUAUGUCAGUAUCUGUAUUUGAAGAAAUAUGGAGGAACAUUUUCUGAAAACUUUUAUGACUUGACUAGAGUUUCUUAUUCAACUAAUUCUAAACCUACUAAUAAUCAAUUGUACUUCGGCUUAGCUUUAGUAGUUUGUAUACCUUAUCUACGAAACAAAUGUGAUAUGUAUAUCGAUCAAUUGCAAAUUAAGUAUAAAUUGCAGCUGAAAGAAAAAAUAUUUAUAACAUUAAAUAAAAUUGUUUAUACAUGUUGGGAAGCAUUAUGUUUAACAUAUUAUAUAAAAUAUAUAAAUGGAUCAAGUCAAUCACAUUCACCUUUAUUAGAUAUAGCAGGAAUGGUAUUAACUUAUAAAGAUAUUGAACCUUCAAAUAAUGAACCACUUACUCAAUUAAGUAUUAAAGAAUCUAUUAAGAAUUAUUUAUUGUAUGGAUUAUCUCAUUCCUUGGAGUUGGGUGCAUUUUUUAUGCAAUUUUUGAAUUGGUGGCAUUCAGAAAAUUUACAAUCUAAAUUUAUUGCCUACCCAAUUCCUAAUCCUCCUAAGGAAAAUGAUAAAUAUAUCUCACUUAGAAACACUAAUAAGUGUCCUAUAUGUAUAAGUGAAAGGAAAAUGCCAACUGCGCUCACUGUAUCAGGGUUUGUAUUUUGUUACAAGUGUUUACAUAAAUCACUUAUGGGAGAAUCUAGAUGUCCAGUUACUAAAUUACCAGCAACAAUGCAAGAUAUGAUUAGAAUUUAUUCAGACAAUUAACCAUUAUAUAAUAAUUAUAUAUUGUAAUUGGUAUAUUAUUUUAUUUGAAAUGUAUUUUCCUUUACUUCUUUAUAUUUAUUAAAUAAAAUAUUUUAUUUUAAUUACAA